UGGCACUGCUUGGGAAGGGUCAUUUAGGAGAUUCUAUUUGGAGUAUGGGAAAAGAAUUUCAUCCAAUCUGAUUUCGGGGGAAAAAUUCAAAGCCAUAGGAUCAGUAAGGCGGAAUCUGCAGGAAGCUGAACAGAGGUCGGGAUGGACACAGAUUGUGACACCACAUUUGAGGAUGACUCUCAAAUGCCAAAUGAUGAGGUUAUGCCCUACAGUGACGAUGAAACUGAUGAUGAGUUGGACAGUCCCGAUUCCCUCGAACCACAGCAAAACCAGAUCAAUAAACAAGCAGAACAAACUCAUGAGCAAACAAGCAAAGAAUGUAGCUGGCAAGUGAAGGCAAAUGAUCCGAAUUUCUGUGAUCAACCAGAAUUCAAGAAGAAAUCAUUUUUGUGCCUUAAGAAAAGCAAAUAUGCAGGGAAUGAAAUCAAAACCUACAAAUAUAACCCCAUCACGUUCUUACCUCUUAAUUUGUUUGAACAAUUCAAGAGAGCUGCCAAUGCAUAUUUCUUGACCUUACUCAUACUUCAGACAAUCCCUGCUAUUUCAACAGUCUCUUGGUCGACCACUUUGAUACCACUUCUGCUUGUGUUGGGCAUCACGGCAAUCAAAGAUCUUGUGGAUGACAUUGCUCGACAUAGAUCGGAUAAUGAGAUAAACAAUCGACCUUCUGAAGUUAUGAAAGAUGGAAGGUUUAAGAAAACAAAGUGGAAAAAUAUUCGUGUGGGCAACAUCAUCCGAAUUAAUAAAAAUGAAUUUAUUCCUGCAGAUGUUCUGUUGCUUUCCAGCUCUGACCCAAACAGUCUGUGCUAUGUGGAAACGGCUGAACUGGAUGGAGAAACGAACUUAAAGUUUAAAAUGUCGCUUGAAGUAACAGAUCAGCUCCUUCAAGAGGAAAGUGCAUUGGCAGAAUUUGAUGGCUUAGUUGUGAGUGAAGAACCAAAUAAUCGUUUGGAUAAGUUUCUUGGGACGUUAUACUGGAGAGGAAUGAGUUAUGGCCUGGACGCUGAUAAGAUCUUGCUGCGUGGUUGUACAAUCAGAAACACACAUUAUUGCCACGGACUUGUCAUUUUUGCAGGUGCUGACACUAAAAUUAUGAGGAAUAGUGGAAAAACCAGAUUGAAGCGGACAAAAAUUGACUAUCUGAUGAACUACAUGGUGUAUACGAUAUUUGUACUUCUGAUCCUUGCUGCUGCUGGUCUUGCCAUAGGACAGACAUUUUGGGAAGCACAGUAUGGUGCAACAAAUGUGUCUUGGUACCUCGAUGAUGGUAACAGUUAUUCACCCAGCUAUCGAGGCUUUUUAGGAUUUUGGGGAUAUAUCAUUGUUCUUAACACUAUGGUACCGAUUUCCCUUUAUGUGAGUGUGGAAAUUAUCAGAUUGGGACAGAGCUACUUUAUAAAUUGGGAUCUACAGAUGUACUACCAGGUGAAGGAUACACCCGCCAAAGCCAGGACAACCACACUGAAUGAACAACUUGGACAAAUCCAGUAUGUCUUCUCUGACAAGACUGGAACUCUGACACAAAAUAUAAUGACCUUCAAGAAAUGUACCAUUAACCAGGAGACGUACGGUGAACAAAGGCAUACUGAUGGACAUAAAUCUGGCCACAGUGAGGAAGUAGAUUUUAGUUGGAAUCCUUUAGCAGAUGCAAAGUUUACAUUUAACGAUCACUACUUGGUUCAGCAAAUACGUUCAGGGAAGGAUGCCAGUGUCCAUCUGUUCUUUAAAUUGCUUGCUCUGUGCCAUACUGUGAUGGUUGAGAAAAUAGAUGGUGAACUUGUUUACCAGGCAGCCUCCCCUGAUGAAGGAGCAUUGGUUACUGCAGCUCGAAACUUUGGUUUUGUGUUUUUGUCCAGAACUCAGAGCACCAUCACGAUUAGUGAGUUGGGCAAUGAGCAAACCUAUGAUGUUCUUGCCCUGCUCGACUUUAACAGUGAUCGGAAAAGAAUGUCUAUAAUAGUGCGAGAACCGAAUGGUAAACUCAGACUUUACUGUAAGGGUGCUGACACUGUUGUAUAUGAACGUUUGCAUUCAAACAACCCCAUCAAAGAACAGACUCAGGAGGCUUUGGAUACUUUUGCCAACGAGACUCUGAGGACCCUUUGUCUUUGCUACAAGGAUAUUGACAAGGUCGAAUAUGAGAAAUGGAACAAGAAGUAUAUGGCAGCCAGUGUGUCUAUUAAUGAUCGGGAUGAAGCUCUAGAUAAAGUAUAUGAAGAGAUUGAAACUGAUUUAUUGCUAUUGGGAGCCACAGCUAUUGAAGACAAGCUACAAGACGAUGUUCCUUACACAAUCUCCAAACUAGCUAAAGCAGACAUAAAGAUUUGGGUUCUUACUGGUGAUAAAAAGGAAACGGCAGAAAACAUUGGAUUUGCUUGUGAGCUUUUAACAGACGAAACAGCGAUUUGUUAUGGUGAAGAUAUCAACGCCCUUUUAAACACGAGAAUGGAAAAUCAGAGGAACAUGGUGGCAGGAAAUCCGGGAGCAUCAGUCAGCCAUGAGCCUUAUUUCCAGUCGGGCCAAAAACGAGCACUAAUUAUAACCGGUUCUUGGCUGAAUGAAAUACUCCUUGAGAAGAAGAAAAGGAAAAAGAGAGGUCUGAAACUCAAAUUCCCCAAGACUAAAGAAGAGCAACAGAAAAAUGUAAUCGAGAAACAGGCAACCUAUGCACUAAAAGAGCAAAAACAGAAGAACUUUGUGGACCUCGCCUGCGAGUGCAGUUCGGUGAUCUGCUGCAGGGUAACUCCUAAGCAGAAGGCCAUGGUGGUGGAUUUAGUAAAGCGAUACAAGAAAGCGGUCACACUCGCAAUUGGAGAUGGAGCCAACGAUGUUAACAUGAUUAAAACUGCCCAUAUCGGUGUUGGUAUAAGUGGCCAGGAAGGAAUGCAAGCUGUCAUGUCCAGUGAUUACUCCUUUGCACAAUUUAAAUAUCUUCAAAGACUUCUCUUGGUCCAUGGCCGCUGGUCCUACAUUCGCAUGUGCAAAUUUCUCGGGUACUUUUUCUACAAAAACUUUGCGUUUACAUUGGUUCAUUUCUGGUACGCAUUCUUCAACGGCUUUUCUGCACAGACAGUGUAUGAAAGCUGGUUCAUAUCGUUGUACAAUGUGCUUUACUCCAGCCUCCCUGUUCUCCUUGUUGGUUUGUUGGAUCAGGAUGUAAGUGACAAGCUAAGUCUCCGGUUCCCACGUUUGUAUAUUCCCGGCCAAAAAGAUCAGCUCUUCAACUAUAAGAAGUUCUUUUUGAGUCUGCUUCACGGUAUCGUAACAUCCCUCGUCAUUUUCUUCAUACCAUAUGGAGCAUUCUUAUUGACAAUGGGACAGGAUGGAGAAGCCCCCUCGGAUUAUCAGUCAUUUGCAGUCACGACGGCUACAGCACUUGUCAUUACUGUCAAUUUCCAGAUUGGGCUUGAUACCUCGUACUGGACUUUCGUUAACGCAUUUUCAGUGUUUGGAAGUAUUGCCAUUUACUUUGGGAUAAUAUUUGACCUCCACAGUGCUGGUAUCCACGUUCUCUUUCCAUCCACAUUUAUAUUCACAGGCGCAGCACCAAAUGCAUUACGACAACCAUAUCUCUGGCUAACCAUAAUCCUUACUGUUGCCAUCUGUCUACUUCCUAUUGUUGCGAUACGGUUCUUGACCAAGAUGAUCUGGCCUACUGAAAGUGACCUAGUUCAGAAGAACAGAAGAAAAUACAAGGAGGAAGCAAAGUGGAGACCGAGAUUCAGUACAAUUCGGCGUGGCGCAGCCGCGCGCCGUUCUGCUUAUGCUUUCUCACACCAGAGAGGAUAUGCAGACCUCAUCUCUACCGGACGCAGUAUACGUAAAAAACGAGCAACACUUGACGCUGUAUUGGGGAGCAAUGCUGCAGAAAUAGUCCAGUCUGCUGGGAAUACUUCAUGAUGCAAUAAAACUUCCCGUUAGUCUUUCUUUUUUACUCAAAUGGUUGCACAUGGACUAUGUGUAUAUAUUUUUUUAAAAAGUCAUUCUUUCUCUCAGGUUUUUUUUUUUUUUUUUCAUUUUAUAAAGCGGAUACAUAUGUUACUAUGUUCUACAACGCUGAUUGCUUGAAACAAAAACUUUUCAAAACAAAAGGACUAAUGUUUUGUUCAGGUUUUUUUAUUUUAUAUCAGUUCUACAAGAAGAAAUGUUUUCUUAAGGAACUGUGGGUGCAAAUUAGGGAGUGUCUUUUGAGGCAUACAUUAGUGAUUGGUUUUGCCAAAGUUAAGCAUGUGAACAUAAACUGGCAUUAUACAAGCACAGCCAAAUGUUUUAAAUUCUGUGACUUCUGGAUGUUUUCUCUGUACGUGGACAUUUUUAUUUGAACUGCAGCACCUGUAAAAUUUGGUUUACAUUUUAGCCUUUGGAUAUUUAAAAAGAAUAAUAAACUGUAGUAAAGUUA